AUGGCCGGGGAGAGAUUCGUGCAGUUUUCUUCUAACAAGUUCAUUAACACCAAUAUGUCCAUACAUCCAUACGGUUCCUCUCUCUCUCAUCUCUCUGUUGAAGACAAACAAGACGUCGAACUGGCACAGCUUCUCCUAGCUGCAGCUGAGAAGGUUGCUUGCCAUCAAUUCGACAGAGGGCUCAGAUUGCUGGAUACUUGCCAAUGGAUCUCUUCAAGCCAGGGAACUCCAGUGCAGAGAACUGUCUUCUACUUUGCCGAAGCGCUUCAAGAGAGAAUUGUUAAGGAAACAGGAAGAUCUGACAAGAAACAAACUUAUGCUGAUGCUUGUGUGAUGAGAAAUAUCCUCGCUUUCGUGGCUAUGCAUCAAGAGCUUCCUUUCUUCCAAGUCUUGCAUUUCACAGCAGUCCAGACAAUACUCGAAAGCGUCAGAACAAAAUCUAAAGUUCAUGUGGUUGAUUUUCAGAUAUUGACUGGUGUCCAAUGGCCGGGACUGAUGCAAGCCAUAGCCGAGCAGAAAAUGAGUUGUCCCGGAGGCUAUCUUAAGAUCACUUCCAUUGAAAUGUCUAACAGCCACGAAUCGGAGAGGACAGGGGAGCUCUUGAAGAGCUUUGCUAGGUACUUAAAGUUACCAUUCUCUUACAGGGUUGUGCACUUAUCAGACAUCAAAGAUCUCAGAGAAGAGGACUUAGAGAUAGAUCCCGGGGAGGAGGCUGUCGCAGUUCACUUCCCUUUUAUGCUACGAACUCUAAUAUCAAAACCGGCUUGCUUGAAGAACCUGAUGGGAGUAAUGCAGAAGAUGAAGCCAUGUGUAAUGGUGGUCAGCGAAGCGGAGGCGAAUCACAACUCACCCUCAUUUGUGAGCCGUUUCAUCGAAGCAUUAUUCUUUUACGGUGCCUUGUUCGAUAGCCUGGAGGAGAGCAUGGCCAGGGAUGAUAAGAACAGGACGGCAAUAGAAACAGGGGUGUUUCGGACAGGGAUACGCAACAUUGUCUCGACAGAGGGGUGCGAAAGAGUGACUAGAAGUGUGAGCAUUAAUGUCUGGAGGGCAUUCUUCACCAGGUUUGGAAUGAUAGAACUGGAACUCAGCACAGCUUCAAUAUACCAGGCUUCUUUAAUUGUGAAGCACUUCUCUUCUGGGAAAUCUUGUACUUUGGAUGUCGGCACCAAAUGCCUGAUCGUCGGGUGGAAAGGGACGCCGUUGUUUUCGCUGUCCGCCUGGAAGUUCCACUGAGUUUAAAGUAGGUUUACAAAGGGACAGAUUCACUUCAAAAGAUUGAUUCAAGAUUCAUUAAUAACUCACAUAAUGUAAUGAAACAGUUGCGUCGAAGAAGCAAGAAUGUAUGCAGUACCAAUUGGCAUACAUUGUUUUAUCCAUAACUCAACUAAACCAUCCUAACAUGAAGAUCCUUGCAACAACAAGAGGAAAUGCACAUAGAUAGAGGAUAAAAAAAAAACAAGUUCUGGCCUCAUUCUACGAAGAAAAAACAGC